AUGUCCUCUACCUUUAGUUCGGGGGUCAGGGCUGGAAUCAUUCUUAUAACGGUGUGUGCAUCUCUGUCAGCGACGGCUGUAUUCUCUUUACUUGCAUUCAUUGCUUACUCUGUCACGACCAUAAACAAAGGCGCCACUCGCACAUGGAGAGUCUCAACACACAUUCACUAUUACUUUGUGAACCUGUUGGUGUGCGACUUGGUGCAGGCUAUCGGUGGUGUAAUGAAUGUCAAGUGGGCGGUAGAUGCUAGCGUGACAGAGGGGACACUGUGUACUACCCAAGGAAUAUUUAAACAGCUCGGAGACGUUGGAGUAGCAUUAUCGUAUGCCAUCGCGGUUCAUACCUUUUUGGUGCUCGUUUGCAGGUUCUAUUCCAGGCCACGUACCGCUCUUAUUGUCAUUGCCGCGAUAUGGAUAUUCAUGGCUCUUAUUGUUGGCAUAAGUGAAGCUACGCACCGCGGCGAUGACUAUUAUGGAAGUACGGGUUAUUGGUGCUGGAUAACGAGCGACUUCAAUACGCAGAGAAUUACUCUGGAAUAUCUAUGGGUCUGGAUCGCCGUUUUCCUGGAUAUUGUAUGCUAUGUAUUCAUUUCUUUAGCCAUCAAAGGUAUUAUCGUCGUGGAUGGAUACAAGAUGCGAUUGAGACGUAGAUCAGUGAAUGUCGAUGCCUACAGUCUAAACACUGUUAGCAGUGCAGCCAGACAUUCAAAUGACAUCGCGAGGUAUAUGCUGUUCUAUCCUGCUGUUUACAUCGUAACAGUGAUUCCGAUAUCUGUUGUCCGUUGGUGUGCGUUCAGUGGAACGUAUGUACCGUUCGCAGCCACGGCUUUCAGCAGCGUCUGUUUCGCUUGCUCAGGCAUAUUCAACACUAUUCUAUUUACUAUCACUCGACCAGGCGUGGUUCCACAUUGGGGACAGAAUGUACACGACCGUCGCGAAAGCUAUGUCACCGCCAUCAGUCCUAUAAGUCCUGUCAGCAAAAGCUACGGGCCUUCUAGAAGCAUGGAUAAUAUCGAUAUAGAAACGUGGAGAUAUGUCCCGGAAUCGACAAAGGUGAUGCAUCUAGUCGAUCCUUCUCAAGUGGGGUCUUUAGAGGAGCAGGUUUGA